CGUGUGUUUGUUUAGGGAAAGAUGGCAGCUCCCACGAACGAGAUUGAAGUGCUCUCUACGAAAAAAGCUAAUGUGAGGGGUCCAAGAAGAGUGGCCAAUCAGAUUCCAGAUGACAUCCUCAAAGAUCCAGAGCUCAGCGAUGCCAUUAAAGCUUUGCCUGCUAACUACAACUUUGAGAUCCACAAAACAGUAUGGCGGGUACGACAAGCUAAAGCUAAGAGGGUAGCCUUGCAGUUGCCCGAGGGUCUGCAGAUGUUUGCCUGUGUGAUCACUGACAUCAUUGAGAGAUUCACAGUGGCAGACACUCUUGUGAUGGGGGAUGUGACAUAUGGGUCCUGCUGUGUGGAUGACUUCACUGCCCGUGCUUUGGGAGCCAACUUCAUGGUGCAUUACAGCCACAGUUGUCUUAUCCACAUAGACUCCACGGAGGGCAUCAAGAUGCUGUAUGUGUUUGUGGACAUCCAGAUUGACACUGCCCACUUCCUGGACACGCUCAAGUUCAACAUUCCCCCCGGCCACUCGUUCGCCCUCGUCAGCACAAUCCAGUUUGUGGCCGCUUUGCAGGCAGCCAGCGCAGAGUUGAGGCCAGAUUAUGAGGUGUUGGUGCCUCAGUGUCGGCCGCUCUCUCCUGGGGAGAUCCUCGGGUGUACCUCACUGCGUCUAGAGAAACAAGUCAAGGCCAUCAUAUAUCUUGGGGACGGAAGGUUUCACUUGCAAUCCAUCAUGAUUGCCAACCCAGAGAUACUUGCAUACAGGUAUGACCCAUACAAUAAAGUGUUUUCUCGUGAGUAUUAGGCCAUGAGGGCCACCAGACUGCAGGCCAUAGAGAGGGCCAGCUCCACCCAGAGAUGGAGCCUCAUCCUAGGUACUCUCGGCCGGCAGGGCAACCCCAAAAUCAUGGAGCACUUAGAGACUCGGUUGGAGUCUUUGGGCAGGUCGUACACUCGAGUACUUCUGUCUGAGAUCUUCCCCAGGAAACUGGCGCUCCUGGCAAACGUAGAUGCGUGGGUUCUGAUCACUUGUCCCCGACUCUCCAUCGACUGGGGAACUGCUUUCUCCAAACCCCUGCUGUCUCCAUAUGAGGCAGCAGUAGCCCUGCAGCAGGUUGGAUAGCAGGAGGUGUAUCCUAUGGAUUUCUAUUCCAAUCAGAGCCUGGGGUCUUGGACUCCUAAUCACCCAGACAACCAGCCGAAAAGGCCUGUACGCAAACCAUUGCAGGUGUAUGGCAGUCAGGAGGUGAGGAGCUGUGGCCGUGAGCAGAGCGCCCCCUGUGGCUGUCAGCCAGAAUAAACUCAGCCCUCAACACGAGUGGUCUGCCAGGCAACCACAGAUCAUUGUGGACAUAUGCAGGAGACAUGCAAGCCAAUCAAAGCUCACAGCUCAGCUCUGUUAUCUCACUAUGGAGUUCUGUGUCCACAACAGACUUUAUCAAAAUCUACUGUCAUGCACUAAGAGUGAGUGUGUGUUUGUGUGUAAAUUUUUCCAAACCCGUAAGAGUUUUUCUUCUGCUGAACACAACCUUUGUUUGGCAGAAUGUUAGUCUUAGUCACCAUGUACUUUCAUUGCAUAUUUUGUUUCAUAUGAUCAAAGUGAAUGUUGACUGAGGCUGUCAUUUUGUCUAACAUCAUCUUUUGUGUCCCACAGAAGACAUAAAGUAAUAUGGGUUUGGAACAACAUGAGGGUGACGAUGACAAAAUGUUCAUUUUUGGAUGAACUAUCUUUUUAAGCAGAGAAAGGGAGAUAAAAAAAUAAAAUAAAAUAAAAUUGGUAAUGAGAGAGAGAAAGAAUGUGGGAUUAUGCAAAAGUGUAACAAAGUUUUAUAUGUGUAAUUUUUUAUACUGACAUACCGCUGGUGUGUGCAAGAGAGAUAAUCCAUUGAAAAGAGUGCUGACCCUAAAUGUGCAGUGUUUCAUCUGGCGCCAUGUGGGUGGCUUUAGUUAAAUGUAAUCAUCUUGUCCCUCAGUUAGAAAGAAGCUGCCAACCACAUUGCAUAGGUGACCUUCAUCCUUUCAAAAUAACUGGGUGGAAAUGAGUGUGUUUUAAGAAUUAUUCAUCUGCAGAGGAAGAUAAUACUCAUUCUGAGUUCCAGCUCAUGCUUUUGCCUUUCUCAUUAUGCCAUCAGUGGUUCUACAACAAAAAGACUUUGAAUGUUUUGUACAGAACACAUUUCAUCUAUACAGAGAAUCAAAUUACAUGUUUACCAUUUACUGUAAUACUUUGAAUAACUGGUACAACACGAAUUCCAUUAAAUAUAUUCUCUUUUAUACGCCGUGAACAAUGAAACCUUGGAUGGAUCAGCAGUCAAGUGAGACACAUGGAGCCAAUUUCCCUACAAUGGAUUAGACCAAGUCUUGGAAGAAUUUUCACUGUCGGUAGAGAUUAUUCAUUGUAAAAUCUUUUAUGGAAUACACGUGUUCUGGAAAGCAGCCGUAUCCCUGUGAAUCUGGCAUUAAAUAUGCUGACUCUGUGAAAUCAUCACAGGCCUGUCAAAUUAGUUUAAUCCAUUUUAGUUGUCUUCUCUUAAAGGUGCAGUAUGUAAGAUUCAGAAACCCUUGUUAUUAAUGACACCUGUGGCCGUUAAGUGAAUUGCAGCCAGCUACCUGUUGCUCAUGCUCGCUCGUGUACACACUCCAAAGGGACGCGAGCGAGCAUCGACCAAAACAAUGACGUAACGUACAAAGAGACAACGUGAUUCACUGGCAUCAUGCUGACAGAUGAGGUAGCAUAAUUAAAGUACACUGUUAUGAUUGUUUUAUUACAAACUUUGAAACUGUAUAUUAUAUUUGACUCUCCAGUGCUGGAACAGGCUAAAACAAAGUGUGGAUAUAGGUCUGACUAUGCGAGACUGUAGUUUGAAGUAAUCACUUUUCAUUGCAUGAUACAUUGACUGUAUUUAUACGAUAGCCUAUGUCGGCGUUAGCUAGCUAGCCAGCUUUAUCAGUAUCUGUUAGCUAAAUUUGGUGGAUGAUGACAGUAGCUGUUUAUAAAAUAGACUGUACAUUAUAAAUAUGUUGACACAAUUCAGUAUUGAUGUGAUUCCAUCGCAACUGUCAUUUUGAUAUAUCGAUGCGCUAUUGUUUUAUAAUAGAAUGUAACUUGGUUAUACAGAAAAUAUUUACGUUACACUA